AAACAACACUUUAGGAUUACUUUUAUGAAGAGGGUGCGCCUUGGCCAUCAUCGCGGAAGUGACGUCGCGAAAAUGAAUCUGGGGGCGGAGCACACAACAAAGAUGGCGGCGCCCGUCGAACCCGUGGCGACGGGCUCUCACGUGCCGAAAACGAAAAAGCCUACAGCUCGUUACUGGCACGAGAAGAUUGAUAAAAACGACAAUGGAAAACAAGCUGCCGAUGCACAACCUCAGAACCUCAAAGGAAAGUCAGCCAAGAAGAGGAAGGCACGAACGGACGAUGGGAAACAAGCUGCUCCAGCACAACGGCAGAACCGCGAAAUCAGGUCAGCUACGAAGAGGAAGAAACCAAACUACAAUGGCCAAAGAAAACACUUUUUAUCCAGGAAAGAGGAUCCUUUCCCAGGACCUGCUUCCAUUCCAAAAGCCAGGAUCAAAAAGUACACAAGGAAAGGGAAAACGAACGAGAGGGGGAUCAAGCACAACAGAAAGAUGAAAAGUGCCGUCGCUCGUUCGAACAAAGUCUCAAAAAUGGCCCAAACACAAGCUGCCCGCUUAGACCUUCUCCUCACGGAGGAAGCAGGGUUCCUCGAAGGCGACGAAGACGAGGACACGUGUACGAUCUCGCAGCAAGAUAUCGCAGAGUGUGUGGAUAUAACAUCGGCGACCAAGUAUUUUGACCUGAACUUGUCUCAAUUUGGACCGUACCAAAUGGAUUACAGCAAAAACGGACGUCAUCUGCUGCUCGGCGGGAGGCGAGGCCACAUCGCUUGUGUCGACUGGCAAUCCAAACAGUUGAUGUGUGAGAUCAACGUGAUGGAGUCCAUCCGCGAUGUCCGAUGGCUUCACACGGAACACAUGUUUGCGGUGGCUCAGAAGAAGUGGCUCUACAUCUACGACUCCAACGGAAUUGAGCUUCACUGCAUCCGCAAGUUCAACGACGUGCUUCGCAUGCAGUUUUUGCCCUACCAUUUUCUGUUGGCCACCGCUAGCGCGACGGGUUUCCUGCAGUAUCUUGAUGUCUCUGUGGGAAAAGAGGUUGCCACCAUCUGCACCAAGAAGGGCCGCCUGGACGUGAUGUGCCAGAACCCCCACAACGCCGUCGUCCAUCUGGGCCACUCCAACGGCACGGUCAGCCUCUGGGCUCCCAGUCAGAAAGAGCCCCUCGCUAAGAUGUUAUGUCAUCAAGCGGGGGUGCGCUCUGUCGCCGUGGACAAAACGGGAACUUACAUGGUGACGUCAGGCAUGGACAAAAAGCUCAAGGUGUUUGACGUCAGGACUUUCAAGCUCCUCAAAUCUUACUUCAUCCCCGCCGGGGCUUCCUGUUUGUCGCUGAGCCAGCGGGGGCUGCUCUCGGCGGCCACGGGUGAUGUCGUCCAGUUGUACAGGGACGUGUGGAGCUCUCCGGUGACAAAACCCUACAUGGCCCACCGAGCCCAGGCUCCAGUGUGUGAGCUACGCUUUUGCCCCUUCGAGGAUGUGCUCGGCAUCGGCCACGGACAAGGCUUCACGAGCAUGCUCGUACCAGGCGCGGCCGAGCCGAACUUUGACGCCCUGGAUUCAAAUCCGUUCCGCAGUGUCAAACAGAGGCAGGAAUGGGAAGUUAAGGCCCUGCUGGAUAAAAUCCAGCCGGAGCUCAUCAGUCUGGACCCCACUCAGCUCGGCAAGGUCGACCUCGGCACCUUCCAGCAGAGGCACCAAGACCGAGUGCUAGCCCUGGGCUUCGAUCCUCUCGCCAGGGAGAAAUUCGCCCCCAGGUAUAAGAAAAAAGGUCGCAGCUCAGCGGGCAACGUGGAAAGGCGAAAGCGGCAGGUGGCUAAUAUUGACCAGAGGGAUCUGAUCGUGAAAGGUAUGGAGGAGAAAAAGAUGCUGGAGCAAAAAAGGAGAGCAAAGGAGAAGACGUUUGCGGCCAUCGCCAGCCAAAAAUCCGCUCUGGGCAGAUUCCAGAAAUAGAAGCGCAGCCAUUGUGCACUGCGACAUCCUUUUUUUUCCGAGCGAGGCGUUUCCCUGACCCUAACCCCCCCUUCUCCCCUCCCCACCCCGUGUGGGCAUAUCAGACCAUGCCAGAAACCCACACACAGGAAAUGACGUGUGAUGAGCCGUUUUUUAAUGAGCAGCGAGAGCGGCGUUUAUGCCUCAAGCACAUCCUGUCUGCACAUGACAAAUGGCAACCUCCACAUGCUUCGGCUCUUGCUCGCGCUUCCGUGGCUCAACUCAUUCUCAAGCGUCAAAGAGCUUCGGUCAACAAGUGAACUGAUAAACGGAGGUCAAAGUGGAAACGCCUGAUUGGUUCCAAAAGGUUUUUACGACUUGCCGUAAUCACUUUAAAAUUGUGUGCAUUUGCAAAGAGCCUUUGUACUUUGGAAUUGUUUCUCGACCACACCUUACUUUUCUCAGAUCACAUCAGGGAUUUUUUUUUUUUUUUUUUCUGGAGGGUCCACAAUGUUUAUUUGUCCUCCAGUUUAACAAAAUGCAAACAAAAAAUGGAGAGAAAUUGUAAGACAGUCUGAAAAUGGCACAAGAUAAAGAAUGGCAGCCACUACUUUA